CUUCGUUAUCGUAGCCAACUGUUGUCACUCGUUCCCCAUUACAACUAUUAUUACUAAGUCCCCUUCGGUUCAAAUCCCUCCCUACGAAUUGAGACGGAACCCACAGUUCCCAGCGCAAUGACCCGCAAACUCGUUAUCGGAUUCCUUACUCUAGCCGCAAGCUCCUUCUCGGUGCAUGCGAAGCAAAACCUCGAAGGCUGCACAACCACAACCACGUUGAAUUCGUUCAGCCAAGCAGUCACAGUAUGGUAUCUGCCCGAUACCGGCGAGGUGUGCGAAAUCCUCGAUUGCGGCGGUGGGCGCGCCCCGGUCAAGUACACUGUUCCUGGCUGUGCGGCCUACACGGGCACGGAGACGUAUUCCCCGAGCUUCCUGACUUUUUCCACCGACACUCCUAGCGAAACGAGCGCCGCGAAUUUGGCCAGCACAACGGAAGCCGCCCUUGCCUCACCCCAGCCUGCGCAGACCGGAGUGUCGACGGUAGGCCCCGGCCAAGCGACUAAUUCUCCAGGUGUGACAAGCGCCGCGAGCACAACCAGCGUGUUGGAAACUAGGUCCGCGACCGCAACCGACGCGCCAGCUACCCAGACAACAAAUGCAGCUUCGGGUUUAGUUCUCGGAAGUAGGAUGGUGGCCGGCGUCGUUGCCGCUGCUGGCGUCGCAUUGUUGUGAGGAUUUGAGGCGUUAGUGACAAGAGAUGGAAUAACGCCGCACUGGAGAAAUUCGGCAGCUUUGAUGCUUUGAACGUACGGCUGCGAUGGGCGAUGAAAUUGUGUAUUUAUA